AUGACAGAGCAAUAUAUCUAUGAAGUUACUGUUGAUGUAGAUGUUACAAUUCUUGAUGCAUGGAAAACAUGGAUCGUUGAUCAUGUUAAUCACAUUGUAAAUUUGGAAAAAGGUAAUUUAUUCAGCAAAUCAAAUAUUUUUGAAGUAAAUACAGGACUCCUAGACCCAACUACAUGCACCAAAGGUCGUCCAAUUUCAUUUGUUAUUCAAUACUGGGCUACAUCAGCUAAUUCAAUUCCAACUUAUAUCCAAAAGUAUUCAGAUGAAUUAAGAAAAGAUGGUCUUGAAAAGUUUGGUGAUAAAAUGAAGGCAUCCAGAAGAGUUUUGGUAGAAAAGAAAUCAAUUCAUAACCCACCACAAACAUCAACCUUUGGAUAUGUUUUCUAA